AUGGACUGCAGUUGGGGUGCGGUGCAGAUGAAACUUCUUGACCGGAGGGCCAUGAAGUCUCUUGCUGACCGGCUUGAGACGCUGAUGCUUUCUUUGGAAGAUGGGAACUUGCCAGACACCUCUGUGGUGCAAUUCUACGAACUUGUUGGUUCAACGCAGCUUGCAUGUUUGUACAAAGGCCUCCAAAGCCAAACGAAGGUGAGUCAGUGUCUGCCAAAGCUCAAGCAAGCACUUGCUCAUCCAAAGCAGUGGCUUAGUCGCGCCUGCAAGGCUCGCAACCUCUUGUGUGCGUGGGACAUUGCGAUCGAUGAUCCGUGA